AUGGCCCUCAUGGAGCCCAUCGAUGCCAUCGGCCGCCUCCUCGCCAUACUCUUUGCCGGGCCGGCGCCCACCAACGCGGAGCGCAUCCAGUACGGCUACGACAUAAUCGGCUGGUACGAGAACCCGGUCGUGACGGAAGACGAACACGCCAUGUUCCAGCUGAGGUCGGUGCGGUUCAGGUGGAAGGCCACGAUCCCCAAAGACGCGGACGCGGAGACUCUGGCCACGAUGUAUUGCCUCUGGGACGAGAUCGAGGAGGCUUUUAGAAAGACUCAGCGUCCGAAGUGA